AUGGCAGGAGGCUGGAGGGUGCUCAUGCUCAUAGUGGCCUUGGCAGCCAUGGCCUGCGUGGCCCAACGCCAUUCCAGCUAUGAGGAGUUGUUCAGCCAGGCCUUACAGCUCUUCAACCAUGAGCAACACGGGCAGCCACUCUUCGGCCUGCUGCAAAGCUUCCCAGAGUCCACUUUGAAUGCCACCAACAAGUACCUGUUCCAUUUCCGGGCUAAAGCGACCAUGUGCCAGUCAAACCAGUGGAGACAGGGCCAGAACUGUGACUUCCAGGAUAAUGGGGAGGAGCGAGAAUGUGCCGGCAUCUUCUUGCUACCGGGCUCCAAUAUCCGCAUCCUGAUGGUCAACUGUGUCCCGGACCAAAGGUCACAACCGGAGGUUUCCCGGGUGAGACGUUCUGUGGGAGCCUCUGAGGAGCUGACAACCAAGGACUUGCCACCUGCUAUCCGGGACAUGUAUGAGAAGGCCAAGUACGAUAUCCUUGCCAAUAUCCUAAGAAAUUUCUAAGGCUAGAGAAUGUGGA